UUAAGUUCUCAUCCCCUGUGUCACACACACCAAAUCCCAACCCACCUCAACACACACAAAAAAAAAAAAAACACACACAUCAUCUCCUAAGUUGUUCUCUUUUCCUCUUCUACUCUCCUCUCUUCUCUUCUCUUCUCUUCCAUCAGUGGGACCACUCUACCAGCGAGAUGAUUAUUAACGUGAAAGAGUCGACGAUGGUACGGCCGGCGGAGACGGUGGCGCGUAGGGCGUUGUGGAACUCGAAUGUGGACCUGGUGGUUCCCAAUUUCCACACGCCGAGCGUGUACUUCUAUAGGCCCAACGGAGCCUCCAACUUCUUCGAUGCCAAGGUUCUCAAGGAGGCUCUCAGCAAGGUACUCGUCCCUUUCUACCCAAUGGCCGGCCGUCUCCGCCGCGACGAAGACGGCCGCGUCGAGAUUGACUGCGACGGCCAAGGGGUGCUCUUCGUGGAGGCUGACACCGGCGCCGUCAUCGACGAUUUUGGCGACUUCGCACCAACCCUUGAGCUCCGUCAGCUUAUCCCCGCCGUUGAUUAUUCACGCGGAAUCGAAACCUAUCCCCUGUUAGUGUUGCAGGUAACAUAUUUCAAAUGUGGAGGGGUCUCACUGGGUGUUGGAAUGCAACAUCAUGUAGCAGAUGGAGCUUCUGGUCUUCACUUUAUUAAUACAUGGUCAGAUGUGGCUCGUGGCUUGGAUGUUUGUAUACCACCAUUCAUUGACCGGACACUACUCCGUGCCAGAGAUCCACCUAGACCUGUUUUUGAUCACAUAGAAUACAAGCCCCCACCAGUCAUGAAGACUCACCAACAACCAACAAAACCAGGUUCAGAUUAUGCAGCGGUCUCAAUUUUCAAACUGACUCGUGACCAACUCAGCAUACUGAAAGCUAAGUCCAAAGAAGAUGGCAACACAAUCAGCUACAGCACUUACGAGAUGUUGGCUGGUCACGUGUGGAAAAGUGUAUGCAGGGCAAGAGCACUUCCAAAUGAUCAAGAGACCAAAUUGUACAUUGCAACUGAUGGAAGGUCAAGGUUGCAGCCUCCCCUCCCACCAGGUUACUUUGGCAAUGUGAUCUUCACGACCACACCUACAGCUAUAGCAGGUGAUCUCAUGUCAAAACCAACAUGGUAUGCAGCAAGCAGAAUCCACAAUGCCUUGUUAAGAAUGGAUAACGAAUAUUUGAGAUCGGCUCUUGAUUAUCUAGAGCUACAACCUGAUCUAAAAGCACUGGUUCGUGGAGCACAUACUUUCAAGUGUCCAAAUCUUGGUAUCACUAGUUGGACUAGGCUUCCAAUCCAUGAUGCUGAUUUUGGUUGGGGAAGGCCUAUAUUCAUGGGACCUGGUGGGAUUGCAUACGAGGGGCUAUCUUUCAUAAUUCCAAGCUCAACAAAUGAUGGGAGCAUGUCUGUGGCAAUAGCUCUCCAGCCUGAGCAUAUGAAAGUGUUUAAGGAAUUUUUCUAUGACAUUUGAGGAACGAAGAUGACCGAGAUGCUUGCCGGUUUUAAAUCAUGGCUGGCUGCCAUUUGGAACGCCAAAAUGUUUCCUAAGGUGGCGUUUUCUUUCCUAGUUUUUGUUUACUUCAGAUACUUUUGAUGAAUGGUAUGCAAAUGUUAAAGGGACUCAUUUCAGUUUACAAUAGACUCUGUUCCUUGGCCAAGUGUUAUAAUCUGUAAACAUAAAUGAACUUUAGAAACAAUUAAUUUGAUAUUACAUUUUGCAUAAGACUUGUUUUAGAAUUGUCAGCGCA